AUGGUCGAAUUCAUGGCUGAAGUCGGACAAGAAUUACAUCUUACAGGUAGUUGCUCAGUCAAACCAUCUACACCAACAAGUGGGAAACGAAAAUCUUCUAGUCGGUUGAGUUUGUUUCAUUCAACUGCUAGGAAAUCACGAGCAUCUGCUGGUGAUUUAAAUUUACCCACCCCUAACGGUGCUUUGACCUCGCUAACUGAUGGAUCUUCUUCAGACUUACACGACACACCGAUUCGUGCUAAACUCGAAAAAAGGCAGCAUCGUAUUUUCGAAUUUUUUGUGACAGAACGAAACUAUGUUGAGAUUCUACGUUAUUUGUGCUUGAGCGCUUAUCCACAAGUUAUCGACGAAAAUCAACCAGGUGGACCUGUUUUGCCGCGACAGGAAGCUGAUUUCGUGUUUGGCAAGCUUGGUGCUAUUUAUGAACUACAUGAUCGUUUACAACCUCAGUUUAAUGAGCUGGAAAAUAAUUGGUCGUUAUCUGAAAGUUGUCUUGGGAAUGUACUUCAGCUUAGUUUAUUGACUGAAAUGGAUAGAGCAUAUGGGAAUUAUAUGCAAUUUUACAGUCCACCACAUUUACACCACCUUGGUGAACAAUUCCCCCGUUUUCAUGCUUUCAUGCGUCAAGUUGAAAAAAGGAAAGAAUCUGGUCGUCAAAGUUUGACAGCUUUACUAGUUCGUCCAGUCCAACGACUUCCUUCGAUCUCACUUUUAAUGGAUGGCAUUGCCAAAUUCACACCUCAAUCACAUCCAGAUUACAACGCAGUUAAAGAGUUUGCUAAAGGAAUUAACGAGCUAUUGGCUAAAAUAAAUGAUCGGUUAAGGAAAAAUGAAGAACGCCUGUCUUUAUUAUCUUUAUAUCAUGAAAUUAGUGGUGCCCCGCCUGAGAUGUUAUCUUCCUCUCGAAGUCUAGUGGCAAAACUUAACGUCUUUGAAUUAGGAGUAAGCGCUUCUGGAAAUACAACCUGCGAACCUGUGACACUUUUCUUACUAUCCGAUAGUUUGGAAGUAGCUCGUCCUCGUAAACGAUUUACUGGUGAACCUCUUGCACACGCUAUUCGAGCCGCGCUAGCUGCAGUACAAGGUGAAGGGUCUGAACACAACUUCGACGGUAAUCAUGAUCAAACUUCAAUUAACAAUGGCGAUUUUUCAUCAAAUCCAUCAACAAAUACUGCUUUAAGUGGAGUUUCUGUUUCUCGAACUGGUUCAGGUGCAUCUGGGACAAGUGUGGUGAACCUCGGUCUUAUGGAAGGCAAACAAAGGUGUUGUUAUAAGCAUUUACAGUUGCUGAAAUUACAGGAAAUAAAACAAGUGGUCAAUUUUGAUACUGCCUCUCCAGACCGAGCUGCUUUCGGUUUAGUGGUACGUUCCAGUUCCGAGGUUGAUGAUCGUGUUCAUGCUUAUUGCUUGGCUGCCAGUUUUGCAGCCUCAGCGGCAGUUGUCAGCGGCAAGUGUCCAGAACCUGUUGAAUCAGCAGUUGCAGCGGCCACAGCAUCCGGACAGAUUUCCAAUGCAGUCAGUUUAGAUACCUCACCAUCAAAUAUAACUACUAAUUCAAACAAUUCACAUGUAGCAAUGUUACAGGCGUGUGUUGGUGAAGCCAAACGUGUUUUUCUUCACAGAUUAUGUCAUCAUAUUUGUCUUGUUUCAUGUAUAGCAAAGAAUCCAGAAGAAAUACUAGUAGAUGUCGAACCAGAAGAAUUACUCGGUUUUGACCUAGAACAAGUUUUUAACGCAACUGCUUUGGCUUUAUCUUCUAAAAGAAUCACGCGACAAUUAACCCGCAAUAUAUCUAUAAAAACCCCUCGCCGUCUACCAGCUUCUGCCAAACGCCAAUUCGGGGCACAGCCUCCACAACCCCCUAGCACUCCAACUUCCCAUAGAUUACAGGUUCCCAUUGAGAUGGAUGAAAGUCAAACAACAGACAUGUAUCUUAUCCCAAGUCCAAGACGUUCAAUGCUUGGUUCGUUUCUAGGUUCAUCUUGUACAUCAUUAAGCAACUUCCUAAACACAGCCUUGCGUACUAAUAACAAUCUAAAUAAUAUUAAUCAUGGAAAUUCCGCGCUCAAUCGUGCUAUGCUACCUCCUAGUCGUUUAGCUAUGACGCCUAAACCGAUUCGACGUCUUCUACCUCGUUCAUCCAGACAAAAUUCAUUCGAUGAUCUUGAUUUAAAUGAUGAUGAUGAUGAUGUUCCUUUCUCUCAACUUGGAAGUUCUCUUCUUAGUUUAACAAGUCUAGACAGUCUCUCUACACUGGAUAAUCCUGUUAAUCGAGUUGAUGUUAUUUCUAACCGCAAUACUCCUAAUCUUAAGUGCCGUGCCGGUAGUGCUGUUUGGGAGUCUGCAAGUCAUCUUGGUUUCAGUACAUCAGAUGAUGUUCGUCAUUCAUUCAGAUCGCCAUCCGGAUCGUUUCUUGGCGGUUUUGAUGAAGGUUGCUCUAGAAAGCAUGGUAAAAAGCAGAAAAAACCGAAACUUCGUGCUGUAAGUCAAAUGUUUCAGAGAUCUUCAAUUAUGGUUAAAGCAAAAGAGUCAAGGAAAAUAGGCUCUGAAAAAAUUGACGCUGAGUUAAAUUCUCAAAAUUCCCUUCCUAGUUCCCGCCGUGACAGCUUAUUUCGUGGUCUGUUUUUCAGAAAAAAUUAA